AUCAAUCAAACAGCCAAGGAGAUCAGUGUAAUUUAACGAAUAUUUUACAGUAGCAGACAAUACAGCAGUGAAGAAAGUCUAUGGCGCUUGAUGUCUCCAUUCAACCUCUCUCCUCUCUUCCUCUACUGAGACCAGAGUGAGAACAGAGACAGAGACCAGGAAUCCCACUCUCUCUCUCUCUCUCUCACACACACACACACACACACACUACAGCUCGUCCAAUCGUAAGAGAAAUCGAUUUGAUCAAAAUCGAUCUUCAAGUCAAUCUCUGUUUGAGUACAAUCUUGUAGAAGCGGGGUUGCACCAGAAAAUGCCCAAUUGGGAGCUGAAGAAGUGCUGCAACCAUGAACAAGUCGUGUUCCUCUCCACCAUCUCCAUCUGCACUGUGGUCAUUCUUGCGGAACGGCCGUAGGAAUGGGCGGCCGAGGAUCCAGACUCGUUUCCAUGGGAAGCCUUGCUAGCUGCCCUUUGCAGACAAUUAUUUGCGGAAAGCUUGAGAAACUAUGGAGGACGAUACUGCUAUUGCCAUUCAAGCUUGUCACUGUAUUUCUUCACGAAGCCAGCCAUGCUAUCGCUUGUAAACUCACAUGUGGCCAUGUGGAGGCAAUCCAAGUUAAUGCUGAUGAAGGUGGAUUUACACAAACACGUGGUGGCGUAUAUUGGGUGAUCUUGCCAGCUGGAUAUCUUGGGUCCGCAUUUUGGGGGAUGGUUUUGAUACUUGCAUCCACAAAUCUUCUCACGGCAAGAAUUGCUGCUGGAUGUUUUGCCUUUGCACUUCUUGUUGUACUAUUUGUAGCUAAAAAUUGGACACUUCGGGGGCUUUGUAUUGGUUUUAUUAUACUCCUUGGUGUAAUUUGGGUUCUGCAAGAAACAACAAAGAUCCGAAUUCUGCGGUACAUUAUUCUAUUCAUUGGUGUAAUGAACAGUCUGUUUUCAGUAUAUGACAUAUACGAUCAACUGAUAAUGGUGUUGGAUGGGGUGUUAUUUGGGGAUUCAUAUCUUUUUUGUUUCUUUGUGGAUCCAUGUACCUUGGCCUUGUGAUCUUGUCUUGAGGUGAAACAAAGUUCGAUAAAUCUCAAAUAUUCAAUGGAUUCAAAGCAUGACCUAGUGGAUGACAUAAUGUUGAAGCAUGUGAGAGAAUCACAAGCGAACAAAUGUACGACUCACAAGCAUUCACGUUACAUAUGACUCGUCUUUACUAAAUAGAAGUACCUCUACCCUCUGAUAUCCUGAUUCUUUGGGGAUUCAACAUUCCUCUUAUGAGAUGUUGUCCUUGACUUUUAAAAUUCUAAACCAACAAUAAUUUUUCAGGCAACUUCAGGGGAUAAAUCCUCUUAACAA